GUUGAGCGAACGAACGCACUCAAUAAUUGCGUGCAAAAUGACUCCUGGCGGCAAUUGUUCUUUCCAAUUGAUUUGAUCAGCCAUUUUCUCAAAUAUGUACUUAUUUUAAACUUGUCUAGAAAAUUACAGUGACACAGUUGUUUUCAAUAAUUAUACCAGAAGCAUCAAAGGAAAGGAGAGAGACAGAACAACGCCAACAUGGCGGCUCUGGGAUUUCCGAUGUUCGAUCGGCUCUUGCGGCUCUUCUGCCGCCGGCAGCGCAAGACUGGCUAAAUUCCCGCUCUAAGCACGUUGCAAAUGACGCAGUCCAUCGUAAUACAGGUUGGACAAUGUGGCAAUCAAGUCGGCUGCCGGUUCUGGGACUUCGCUUUAAGAGAACACACGUUAUUGAAGGAUGACUCUACAAACAAUACCUCCAUGUGGAAUUUCUUCAGGCGCUCGCAAAAGUCGCCAGACGACCUCCGAGCUCGAGCGGUCAUGGUCGACAUGGAAGAAGGCGUCAUCAAUUCAGUGCUGCGAACGCCCCUGGGAAACAUGUUCAGCAGUCAUCAGUUCGUCACCGAUGUCUCUGGCUCCGGAAAUAACUGGGCGGUUGGAUUCCACGAAUAUGGAUCGAAGUAUGGAUCUGAGAUUAUGGAAAAGGUUCGCCGGGAGGCCGAACUCUGCGACUGUUUGCAAGGUUUCUUCUUGCUUCAUUCGUUGGGUGGUGGCACGGGUUCUGGCCUUGGAACGGCUGUGCUCGAGAUGCUUAGUGAAGAGUUCCCAGGUGUAUUCAGGUUUGACAUUCCUGUGUUUCCGUCCGCCACUGACGAUGUCAUAACUUCGCCCUACAACACCGUGUUUGCACUGGAGAAGAUCACGGAGUUUGCAGACUGCUCCUGUCCUGUCGAGAAUGAAGCACUGAUGAAUGUCUGUAACCGCAUCCUCAAAAUGGGGUUGAAGACCAAAACAACGCUGGCGAGUUCCAAGGACUCCAUUCUCUGCCAGAAAGCCCGUCCUUUCGACCAAAUGAACAACAUUGUGGCCAACUUGCUCCUCAACCUCACAAGUUCAGCGCGAUUCUCAGGCAGCCUCAACGUGGACCUGAACGACAUCUGCACCAAUCUGGUCCCGUACCCGAGGCUGCAUUUCUUCGUCUCCAGCGUCACUCCCCUCUACUCCCUCCUCGAUGUUGAUCUCCCACCCCGGAAGCUGGAUCAGAUGUUCACGGAUGCGUUCAGCGGUCAGCAGCAACUGGUGCAGUGCGACGUGAAGCGAGGCGUUCAGCUGGCCUGCGCACUUCUCGCCAGGGGAAGCGUCGGCAUCUCGGACAUGCGCCGAAACCUGGACAGGAUCCGAGAGGACGUGCGGUUUGUGCAUUGGAACCGGGACGGUUGGAAGACUGGUCUCUGUUCAGUGGCACCCGUGGGGCACCCUUACUCCCUGCUCACCCUCUCCAACACCACCGCCUUUCACCACACGCUGGGACAGAUGCAGUCGCGGUUCCUCAGGCUGUACAACCGCAAGGCACACGUGCACCACUUUCUUCAAGUGGAUUCGAUGGAGGACUGCCACUUCGUUGACGGACUUUCCAGUCUCUCGAGCCUCUCCUCCGAAUACAAGGCAAUGGAGAACACUGACUUCAGCAAGCUCACCGUCCCGCGACUGAAAGUCGUCCUGUGAAGAGCGGUGUGCUCCUUCGCCGCAACGACGUAGAGGAAAGACGACCGGUCACAACCGACAAGGAUUCUUUAUUGUCUGCAACUGCUCAUUUCUCUUAAAUAUACUCUCAACUAAAAAUACACCAUGAA